UCCAUAGCUCUUCUCAUGCUAAACUUUUAAUAUAAGUAUUCCCUCUUCAGUGUGAAGCUUGCGUUGUGUUCUAGUACUUUUGGGAAUUUCAUUUUCAGUCAUUAAGCUAGCUUUGCCUUAAUAGUUUUUCCACGUGAAGGAUGUAUGUUGGCGAUUGUGUUGCAUUUCAAGUUCUAUUUGUGCUUUUCAUUGUUUUUGUGUCAUCAAAUGGUUUUAUUAUAACAAUAUUGCCAUUACUCUGAAUUCAUUUCAUUAAACAGGAAUAGGCUGUAGAUCUCUGCCUGUUUCUUUGUCAAUAUCUUCUUCUCUCAACUUCACUAAUCUGGUAAGGAGUCUUGUGUGCCAUGGUAUCAUGUCGUAGGAAUCCACCAAAGACAUCCUCACAGCUAGGAAACAUUCACGUUCUACUUUCUUUUGGUUUUGUUGCUGAUAACAAUCCUUGAGUGACCACUUUCUGGGAAAAGAGAUGCACCGAUGUCUUCAGCUUAAUGGAUUUGUUUCCCUGCGACGCUGAUAAAGAUACUCUCAAGAAGUGGUUUUAUAUUGACAAAAGGGGUUGGUUAAAUUGAGUGCAAGACUUUAGGACAAAGCGGGUUGCACUAGAGUUGUUCUGCUGAAAUUUCAAUUGAUAUAUUUCCUCCCAAAAUUCUGGAUCUAAUGGACCUGACAUCAAACCAUGCAUCCCCUAUUCUUACUGAAUCUGCUCCCAUGAAUAACACAAGGUUAGGCAUUCGGUCCAGCAUGCUGCCUUACUCGCACAAUGGCUCUUUCUCUCCUACACUUUUAACAAUACCAAGGAGAAGGCCUGGAAUACUCGAAGAUGUUCGAUCCAGCCUGUUUGAUGCUAUGAAAUCAUCAUCCCCGACACAUGAAAAACUAACAAAAGGAUCCACUACGGGGGUAGCACUAAGUGAUGGUGAUCUUGCUUAUCGUAAUUGGCUGCUCAAGUAUCCAUCUGCACUUGAAUCUUUUGAGCAAAUAGAAAAAAAUGCAAAAGGAAAGAAAAUAGCUUUGUUCUUGGAUUAUGAUGGGACAUUAUCUCCUAUAGUGGAUGUUCCUGAGCAUGCCUUCAUGUCAAAUGAGAUGCGUAGUGCUGUCCGCAAUGUGGCCAAGCAUUUUCCAACAGCUAUAAUUAGUGGAAGAAGUCGCGACAAGGUAUAUGAGUUUGUUGGACUAACUGAACUUUAUUAUGCUGGAAGUCAUGGCAUGGACAUUAUGGGUCCAGUUCGAGCCUCUUCUAGUGACUACAAAAAUGGCAUUAGGACUACUGACAAGCAGGGUAAAGAAGUUAAUCUAUUCCAACCUGCCAGUGAAUUUUUGCCAAUGAUCGAUGAGGUAUAUCGAUCUCUGGUCGAGAUUACAAAAAAUAUUGCCGGCGCAAAAGUUGAGAACAACAAGUUCUGUGUCUCUGUACACUACCGUAAUGUGGAAGAGCAGUGUUGGACUACAGUCGGUCAAUCUGUUGAAGGGAUUCUUAAAAACUACCCGCGAUUACGUUUGACACAUGGUCGGAAGGUUCUGGAAGUCCGUCCGGUUCUCAACUGGGACAAGGGCAAAGCUGUCGAAUUUCUUCUCGAAUCCCUUGGUUUAAUGAACUGUGAUGAUGUUCUUCCCAUCUACGUCGGAGAUGAUCGCACGGACGAAGAUGCAUUCAAGGUUUUGAGAGAUAACGGUCGCGGUUUUGGCAUCAUUGUCUCGUCUGUACCCAAAGAAAGCAACGCCUUUUACUCCCUGAGAGAUCCUUCCGAGGUCAUGAAGUUCCUUAAGACCUUAGUUACCUGGAAAAAGAAGCGCGCGCUAUAAUGCUUGUGCAACCGAGUAAAGGAAUGCUGCACUUUGAUUAUAUGCAUAUACAAUAGUAUAUGAUAGAGGAGGCUACGUAUACAUAUAUAUAUAUAUAUUUCUCGCGAUGUAAUAAGAUAGGUGCGGCGCAGGUUUUAAGUGAAAGUGCCAAAUGACAGCUUCUCGAGGGCGUCACCGGAGUUUUUAACUUGGCCAGUGCUUCGGAACUAAGAAGUACUACUUGCUGUUAAUUCCUUAAUUUCUCCUCCUCCAUCUUAUUAGUGUUUUUUCGAUGUGUAUUAAUUAAUUUGUAAGCCUCCCUAAGGGAGGUUUCAUUUGUUCAUUUAUGUUAUUGUUAUCCCCUUCGAUUUGGUACACAUUGUCUAAACUGUACUGUAUAUUUAUUUUGUAGUAGCAUCCCAUUAUGAUCCAUCAAUGUGAUAUUCCCUGUAAUUCAUUGCAAUUUAUUCAUUUUA